UGAUUAAAAUUAUGACACUGACAAAAAAUAUUCAGACUUUUAUCACCAAACAGAGGAGCAGUCUCAAGUUUAAAUAAGUUGCUGUGUCAUGCCUCCCCAAACCAGAACUCAAAGACAGAGUCACAAUGGGAACUUGAUUCAGGGGUCAAAUGUACUUCUGAAAAGUGUGGAAAGCAUUAAGUAGUAGAAGUAGAGAAGUAGAGUAAUACAACUGAAAAUUCUCCAUCGAGCCUUAUUGAGCUGAAAUGUGAUCUAUCUCUGUGUAGGGCAAUUUGGAACGUUUGACAAUGAAUGGAAUAUUUACUGAAGUAUGAGCAUGCCCUGAUCUCUCCUACUUGUGGUGUUGCUGUUAAUAUAAAACCUCUGUCUGUUUGUAAUUGUCAUUGUCUGGAACUGUGGUUAUUGUUGUAACACAAAAUUAUUAAAACUUUGAAUUUAAAGGGGAAAAAAAAAAGAAAGAAACCGUGGAGGGCCGUACAGUCUAUGAUGCCGACUGAAAGGAGACAAAGAGGAGGGCGGAACAUUCGGUUGCCGCAGCUCCGCUUACGGAAAUUUAUUGGUGUGACACAUGAAGGAAGUAAACGUACAGCGUCGGGAUUUUUUUUUUUGUAGAAGCUGAGAUAUCUGAGGACAAUCCAGUUUUCACAGCGCAGCUUUCUUAAUAGUCUGUAACGAACCAACGAUGUCUGUAUCCGAAUAUCUCCGAGAGUUUGUGACCGAGCGGCUCGCUGCUGCUACUGAAGACAUUUUGGGAGUUUUUAACAGAACUGUGGUCCAAUACGAGGAAGAGCUGGACCGUCAACGCAGACUGCUGGAUUUGGUUUGGAAACCUCACAUUCACUCCCAAGGAAGAGGUGAGAAAAGCCAAGUGAAGCCAAUAAUGAAGCAGAAGCUCGGUUUAAAUCAGGACCGCCUCUCCUCUCGGUUUCCAUGUAUAAAUCAUGUGAAUAAAGACGGAGGAACACCCCUGUCUUAGUUCAACAAUAACUGUGCUAUGUUAAUGUGGUGCUAUUGUGUCAGUCGUUCUUAAUCUGCCGUUAACGAUUAGAGGAAGAUCAAUGAGUCCGCAGUAGUGUAGGUGUCUGCCGAGCCCCUUUGCACCCUUGCUGGACAGAAUAGGUCACUGCAUGACACAUCCACAACCCUCUUUUUAACCGCUGCUCUUCUCUCGAACGUUAUUCUCACGAAUCGAGCGACGUUAUGAUCGAGUGUCAAACCCGAAUCACAUAAUUUUUUAGUCAUCGAUAAAACUGUUCUCUUGAAUUUGAAAUAAUCUUAAUGAUACAGGCUCCGUUUUUUUUUUGACAUUUUCCAUGAUAGUCUGAGAUGCACAUCGAAUAUCGGUCAAGGCCAUGCUAACAUUAGCUUGUCGUAAGUCGGAAAUGUACUAUUUGACCCGUAGGCUACUAGCAUUGUAGUCAAUGAAACAGAAGUGCGAUGACAAAUAAUGUGCACGAGAUCGCACAUGAAAAUAGACGAGAAAAACACUUAAAAUAUCACAUUCACCCAGCUCUGCAGACACGUACUAUUGCAUUCAGGGGGUCAAAAUCAUCGCCAAGGAAUGAAUAGUAUAAAAGCGAGGGCAGUCCCUAUGAUAUUGGGAUAAUAUAAGUUGAUAUUUUGAUAGAAUAAACCCGAAAUGUUAUAGGUAGACAGACAAUAUAUGAAAAGAUGAUAAGUAAAACAUUGUGAAAUUAAUGAAAUUUAGAUUCAUAUCUAAAUAUGUGACUGUGGGCACUUUUUUUUCUUUAAAUAACUUUCAAAUCGUUGAACGAAGUGGGCAGAGUCCCAAGAACUGAACACUUUCUUCACAAAUUUUAAAAAGCUUAUUUAGAUUCAGUAAUAAAAUGUGACUGCAGUCACUUAUUCAUUCAUUAACUUGGUUAUUAAAUCAAAUUUCUGGGCACAAAAAUGGAUCUGGAACAGGGGUUACAAAGAGGGUUGUGGAUCUGCUUGGCUCUCUGGCUCUGCAGACACGUAAUAUUGCAGGGGGACACUCCCGGAAGUUGAACCCUAAGCCUAAGAAUGACAGAUGUGUGUGUUGUUAGGAAAAAAGGUGGUUUCUCUAUCAAUUUACGUGGUACUUUUACGUCCAGCUUAUUUGGCUCCUACUGGAAGGCUAUUGUUAAGUGACUCCUGUGCACAAAGGUGAGCCCUAGUUCAUCACAUACCCCCCUGGGUGUCUUUUGUUUGUACAGAUGUAAACCAGUUUGGCCUAUGUGUGCUCAAUUAAUGUAUACUAUGUUAACAAAUUUCCAUUUUGAUGCCCCUGCAUCACAAAAUGUUUAAAAGUGCCUGCUGGAUGUGCUUACAAGAUGACGACAAAGUACCCAUUGAUUGCUUUUGUAGUUGAGAAAUGUAGAUAGAAUGCCUUCUGUCCACCUUUCCUGUUUUAACUGUAAACCAAAUACCUUAGGGUGACUGAGUGAAUAAAUGUAGACAAAGUUCCCUCUGGAUGCCCUUGCAGUCUAUAAAAUGUAGGGAUGCACGAUAUUUAUCGGACCGAUAGAAUAUCGGCCGUCAUUUUUUAUCGGUCCAAUAGGUGCAUUUUUCCGAUAGAAAGAUCCGAUAUAUUAAUGAAAUUACGAGUAACGUUUGCAGGCGGAGUAGCCGCCCGACGCGCCUUACUCGCAGGUCCCAAGCCUGACCCCUGUCACUACCUGACUGAUAAUAAAAUGUCUUCACCAGCAUGGUCGUUUUUCUCAGUGGCAGAAGAUGACAACAGCUGCUGUAUGCAAAACCUGUUCAGCGAGGAUUCCGAGAGGCGGAAUGAAGACGUCAAGUUUUAACACAACGAAUCUGAUAGCUCAUCUGAAAAGUCGCCAUCGCGGCGAAGCGGUAUUAAAAGACUAUGAGACAGCCGCCGAAGCUGCCAGCGGUACUAAAGCUAAGACAACAACACUACGGAGGAUCGAUGUCCCCACUCAGCAGGCGUUUGAAAACUGCAAAAGCUUCUCAAGAGACAGCGAAAAGGCUAAAGCCAUUAACGACAAAGUGAUGGAAUUCAUAGCGGUCGACGACCAGCCUUUUUCCGUCGUUGAGAACCCGGGUUUUCGUAAGUUCAUAGCACACUUGGAGCCACGUUACACUCUCCCAAGCCGCCGCUUCUUCUCGGAUGUGUCUCUUCCUGCACUCUCUGAUAUUGUCGCCACUUACAUUCACAACCUGAUCGACAAGAACGGACUACACGUGAGUUUUACCACAGACAUAUUGACGUCAGAUGUUAGUCCGGUCAGCAUGCUAAUCCUAACGUCUCAUAAUAGCUCCUUUACAGUUUACAGUUCUGUUGAACAGUUCAGGGGAUGCACUGUUUUGGUCAAAUGAAGUUCUGCUUUUUGCUCUGUUAUUGUUAUUUAUAGCUAAUGACCACAUAUUUUUGUGAUGACAUGGAAAAAAUAAACAUUUGAAGAGCCAAAAACUUUAGUUUGUUGUUCUAGAUAGGCCAGAGCAACAAAAAUAUCAGUUUUCAAUCACUGCAUCCUGCACAAACUGCAGAUUAUAUGAAGAUUAUAAUAAAUGUAAAAAUAUGAAUUUAUCGGUUAUUGGUAUCGGCCAUGAGAAGAAGAAAAUUAUCGGUUAUCGGUUGAAAUUUUUCAUAUCGUGCAUCACUAAUAAAAUGUAAAUCAAGUGUUUUUACUGGGUUAUGUGUGUAGUUUUUAUGCAAGGAUUGUGUGUUACCACAUCUUUCCCUCUUGGGAUCAGAGUACUAUCUAUUAAUCUAAUAAUGCUAUCACAGUGACUCAUGGCAAACAACAGUUGCUCUUUUAAUUAUUUUUCACCCCUGCCCCUCAAACACUCUGAGUAUACCACUUGUGGUAUCUGUAAAAACGUAUGUCCUCUGCCUUCUGACUUUAGUUUUGUGAUCUCAGACAAAAGUAGAUGCCCAGUGCACAGCAUCAUCAGUCCUUUUCACUUUGUGCAGAGGAAGACAGGUUAAGCAGAUUCACCUCACAAAUGAGGACUGAAUUGCUUCUUCUCAGUUUCACACAGCUCACACAAAAGGGCUUCAUCAGGUUUUCCUGACCAGUCCACUACACUGAUGGUUUUAACAAGACCACAGACACACUGAGUGAAGUUGGUUCUUUCUCUCAUGUUGACUUGGUCUCAUAUUAUACUUUAUUUUGACUGUAUUUAUGUAAUAUAACUGCUAUAUUCUCAUAAAGUAAUAUUAGUCUUUAAUACAUUUUAUAAUCUUGAUUUUACUCAUUCUCUUUGUUACAACUCAUCUUACUACUCUUUUCCGCAUAGUAUUAAAACUUAUUUUGCAUUGUGUUGAAAAUUGUAUAUGUCAUUUAUCUUGCUAGAGUCUAUCAGUUUUGUACCUCAAUUCUUAAACCUUUUCAACUGAAUUGUGUUGAAUGUUACAACUCUGUCCUUAAAAUAUUACAUCCUUCUCAUAAACAUUCCUCAGAUUUUGCUCUUUCAAAUACAAUAUAGUGAUUCCAAUUCUCUGUUUUCUGUCUCAUCUCAGUGACAUAUUUCUGCUUCUGUGUUCCUGCAGAUCUUCCACAACAACAUGACUGUGAGGAGGACGAGGUUGUCUCAGACCUGCAGCCCUGUAACCAGGAGGGCAACUUCAGUCUGGACCAAGAGGAGAUAGAGACUCUACAGAUUAAAGAGGAAGAGGAGGAAGUCUGCACCAGUCAGGAGAGAGAGCAGCUUGAACCAGAGCAGGAGACUGAACACUUUAUGUAUACUCAAACCCGUCAGGAAAGUGAGAACACUGAAGCAGAAGUAAGAAAGGAACGCCAGUUCCUUUCUCACAACUUUCGUAAGGCUGCAAACCAAGAUCCAGAGAAAGACAAGCUGACAGAGUCAGAAUCAACUUCAAAAUCAGAAAAACACGCCCCCAAAAAAGUUCACAAAAGAAGAAAUCAGAAGACAAAACAGCCUAAGGUUCACUCUGAUCCAAAUCACGUAAGAUCACACACAGGUGAGAAACCGUACUCCUGUAGCACUUGUGGGAAAAGCUUCAGUUGGAAACCAGAUUUAAAAACACACAUGCUAAUUUACUCAGGAAGAAAGCAUUCAAUCUGCAAAACAUGCAACAAAUGUUUUAUCAGUACAAGUAGCCUGAGAACGCACAUGAGAACACACACAGGUGAGAGACCAUACACCUGUGGCACUUGUGGGAAGAGCUUUAGUUUAAACCCAGUUUUGAAAAACCACAUGCUAAUUCACUCAGGGGAGAAGCUGUUCACCUGUGAAACAUGCAACAAAUCUUUUUACAGGAAAGAUCAACUAAAACUGCACAUGAGAACACACACAGGUGAGAAACCGUACACCUGUAGUACAUGUGGGAAAAGCUUCGGUCGGAAUUCAAAUUUAAAAACACACAUGCUAAUUCACUCAAGAGAAAAGCUGUUCACCUGCAAAACAUGCAGCAAAAUUUUUACAUGUUCAUAUAGACUGAAAAUGCACAUGAGAACACACACAGGUGAGAGACCGUACUCCUGUAACACUUGUGGGAAGAGCUUCACUGUGAAUUCAAAUUUAAAAAAGCACAUGCUAAUUCACUCUGGAGAAAAGCUGUUCAUCUGCAGCACAUGCAACAAAUCUUUUAUUACUACAAAUCACCUGAGAACGCACAUGAGAACACACACAGGUGAGAAACCGUACUCCUGUAGCACUUGUGGGAAGAGCUUCACUGUGAGUUCAAGUUUAAAAAACCACAUGCUAAUUCACUCAGGAGAAAAGCUUUUCACAUGUGAAACGUGCAACAAAUCUUUUAUCAGUUCAAGUAAACUGAGAAGCCACAUGAGAACACACACAGGUGAGAGACCGUACUCCUGUAGCACCUGUGGGAAGAGGUUCGGUCAGAAUUCAAAUUUGAAAACACACAUGCUUAUUCAUUCAAGAGAAAAGCUCUUCACCUGCGAACCACAACAAAUCUUUUAUCCGUACAAGUCACCUGAUAAUGCACAUGGCAGCGCACACUGAUGAGAGAUUGUACUCCUGUGGCAUCUGUGGGGAAAAGUUCUCUCAAAAAACAUAUUUAGAGCGUCACCCCAAUACCAUACAGGUAAAAAGCCUGUGGGACCUGUGGGAAAUCAAUCGGCAGGAAGAUUUCUUUAGAUGGUCACAUAAGAACCCACACAGGUAAAAUGUGUCAGGUCUGUCAGAUGCAGCAGGAAAUUCCAUCAAAAAGUGCAACAUAAGCUGGUGACUGAAAUCAGAAGCAAAUGUCAUGGUGUGAAGUCAGAAUAUCAUUGGAGUUUAUGUGAACUGGAUUCUCUGUUCUGUGCAAGUUCAACCAUACACAAGACAUGUUAGAGGGAUGAGGUCUUAGCUAAUUUAAUACCAUCUGUGUGUUUAGUUAAUCCGGCAGUUAAGAUAUAUUUCACUGUGACUUUGCCUGACUGAAAUACUUGUUCUUUCGAAUGUCCUGUUUUUUUUCCUCUGGAUGAACAAAUAUUCUUUUUAUUUUACUUAUGAGCUACUUUGGUUGGCCGUUUUUUUUUUUCUAGAAUAUUUGUAUCCAUUUAUUUGUUGUAAUAUCUUCUUUAUAUGAUGAUCUACAACAAAUUUGAUUUAGAUGACUGUAGCUGUGAUGCAAAUAAAAGUUGAUCAUGAAAAUAUGGUGACCAAUAAACUUGGACUGUCAAAACAAAAUUCAUAGUAAUGCAUUUGUAUCCUG